ACCAGUUUUAAUUACACGUACAUUUCAUUAUGGCAAACAUGCGAUUAAUAUUCAUCAUCCACUUGUUGUAAUGGCCGAAGUACCAAAAAGAUGCAUCGCUGGGUACAUCAAGAAAAGCAUUAAUAUCACCGCAAUGUGGAUUUUUAGCGAUGACUCUUCUUACCAUUCAUUGUUGGAAAAGAUUCUAUGAGACACAUUAUGUUAAUGUUUUCUCAGAUAAAAAAAUAAAUAUAUCUCAUUACAUAGUUGGACAUUUACAUUAUUUGGGAACAAUACUUAGUAUAGUUGGUGAAUUACAAGGUUUUGUUCGAGAUACAGAUAAAUCAAUAAGUUGGGAUAAUUUAACAUUCUUGCAAAUAGUUUGUGCUAAUAUAUUUUUAUUAUCUUCACUGAUGCAAUUGCAAUGUAAUUUUAUAUUAGUCAAUUUGAGAAAAUCUAAUAAUAAAGUUGUCUUCGAUGGUUACAAAAUACCACACGGUGGUUUAUUUGAAUAUUUAUCAUCGCCAUUGCAAUUAACAGAAAUUUUAAUUUAUUCAAUGUUAUCAGUGAUACUUUGGCAAAGUAGUACGUUUCAUUAUGUCACACUUUGGGUAAUAAUUAAUCAGGUGGAUUGUGCUAUAAUGUCACACAAAUGGUAUCAACAAACAUUCCAAAAUUAUCCAAAGAAACGAAAAAUAUUAAUUCCAUAUUUAUUUUAAAUAAUAUUAAUUAUUAUUGA